GAAUCGAGAUAUCGAUUAGAUGGGCGGUAAUCGACUCCACGGGGCGAAUCGGUAACGAAGGCAAGGUCAUGGCGGGGCUGGCGACGAGAGGCCGCUUCGCCGCGGCGGUGGCCAAGCAACUGGGACUCAGCCGCGCCUUGAGAACAACCGCUUGUGCCGAGGGAAGGAGGGCCCCCUUGGGCCCAAUGCCCAACGAGGACAUCGAUGUGCGGAAGCUGGACGAGUUGGAGAAGUACCGCAGCUACACUCCCUACUACAAGCGCGCAGAGGCUGAGCGAAUUAAGCACAAGUGGUGGAAGACGUACCGCGACUUCAUGCUCUACAACGGAGCAAAAGUGAAACCCGAUGAGAAUGGCUCAAGGCGGCCCGUCGACAUCGGGCUACCGCACCUGCGCCCUGCACGCGCGGCAGAGAGGCUGGCGCGAAGGACCGUGCUGCGGGAGAACCGGAGGAAUGCCGACCUGGAAAGGGCUGCCAGGAUGCGAACACUGAAAAUCCCACUGGACGAGGUGCGGGCUGACUGGGAGAAAACCACAGGGCCCCAGCACAUCCAUGGCAUCGUCUCGCACUACGGCAUCUACCGGGAUAUGUACAAAGGCGCCGAGUUCGUGCCGCGUGUGAUGCUGCGCGUCGCGUACGCCCUGCCCAAAGAGGAUGCCACUGCACCCGUCUACUACGGCAACGUGCUCAUGCCCUUCGAGACGCAAGAGGCUCCAGAAGUAACUUUCGAAGCAAAUGAAGAUUCGCUCUGGACGCUCAUCCUAACUAAUCUCGAUGGCCACUUGCAGGAUAACGAGUCAGAAUACCUACAUUGGUUUGUCGGGAACAUACCGGGAGGCCGGGUGUCAAUGGGACAGACUGUGUGCCACUAUCUGACACCGUUCCCGGCAAAGGGGACCGGCUAUCACCGUCUCGUGUUCCUCCUCUACAAGCAGGAGCACCUCCUCGAUUUUGGCACAGAGAUUCGGCCAGAGCCAUGUCGCAGCCUGAAAGAGCGCACAUUCCGGACAUUUGACUUCUAUAAGAAGCAUGAGGAUGACUUGACUCCGGCCGGGAUCGCAUUCUUCCAGAGCCACUGGGACGAGUCUGUCACAGAUAUCUUCCACAACACACUCGAUAUGCGUGAGCCAGUGUUUGAGUACGACUGGCCCAAGCCAUACCACCCACCGCAAGUCAAGUACCCACACAAGAAGACUCUUCGCUACCUGGACCUGUACCGCGAAAGCAAUGAGCCCACCUACGGGAAUCAUUGAGCAAAAGGACGAGACGGGCCAGGUGCGGAGAGAAGAAUUCUGGAAUCAUGGCGUGGCCAGAGCGGGCGAAGAUCAGCAGCAGCGCGGGCAGAGGCUUGGGGCGGAGGCUUGGGGCGGCUUGGUGUGGGGAGCUCCCGUCGAGGUCGUCGCCUCCUUGGAUCGAGUCGUCUCCGUCGUCUGCGAGUUAUCUUGAGAUUGUAAGCUACGUUGUCUCAGAAUGUGUCACUACCCAAGUGUACAGAGUCACUCGCGGUUACGUGUGGAGUUGUCAUUGGACUUUAUUCUUAAUAAAUAUACAGAAGACAA